CUGUAGAAGAUUUAGAGAUUGUACUUGGGGAAACUCCUCGCCUGGUACAAAAGGCGAAGACACUGGUCGUGGAAUUCUUUUUUAUUAAAAAAUAAUUACCUGAGCUGAAAGGGUUGUGACUACGAGCUUGACUUAUGGGGUCGCAGGUUGAGAGUGUGGAAGACGUUGUAUGCUGUUCCUGAAGAGGAACCGGACCGUGAAAUUUUAGUAGGACUAAUUGUAUCCAAGGUUCUUUUCCUUUGAACCCAGAAAACGGCUUAUUGCGACAGAGCCACACUGCGAUUUGGAUGCCCGUCCUGUCAAACUUCAUAAGUUUUAUUGCACUAGCAAACGAAGACUGCAUGUAAACCUGGCUGGAGCUGACGGUGAGAGCGGGAGCUGACAAUCUUAAUUAAAUGGAUCGCCACUUAAACUUCAUUUCUUUUUGGCUACAGCUGGAACUGUGUGCUAUGGCAAUUCUCCUAACAAAAGGUGAAAUCCGAUGCUAUUGUGAUGCCCCUCACUGUGUGGCGACAGGUUACAUGUGCAAAUCUGAACUGAAUGCCUGCCUUUCAAGGCUGCUGGAUCCACAGAAUGCCAACUCACCACUUACCCAUGGCUGUCUGGACUCCUUCUCCAAUACUUUGGAAUUGUGUCAUAUUACAAAGUCACAAAACUUCACUAGGGGCAUACAGCCCAUGCUGGAGUGUUGCCAUGAGGACAUGUGUAAUUACAGAGGGCUUCUCGAUGUUCUGUCUUACCCCAGGGGAGAGGCUUCAGAUCAGGGAAGCAGAUACCCACAUGAAAGCAGCAGGAACCUCGUCACUAGAGUCCAGGAACUCACAGCCUCAAAAGAACUUUGGUUUUGGGCAGCAGUGAUUGCUGUUCCGAUAGCUGGAGGGCUGAUUCUAGUUCUUCUUAUUAUGCUAGCUUUGAGGAUGCUUCGCAGUGAAAAUAAGAGACUUCGGGACCAGCGACAACAGAUGUUGUCCCGUCUGCACUACAGUUUCCAUGGACAUCACUCUAAAAAGGGACAGAUAGCAAAACUAGACUUGGAAUGCAUGGUGCCCGUGACAGGCCAUGAGAAUUGCUGUAUGACAUGUGACAAAAUGCGGCAGACAGACCUUGGAAAUGAUAGACUUCUUUCAUUAGUCCACUGGGGAAUGUACAGCGGACAUGGAAAGUUGGAAUUUGUAUGACAAGUUUAUAAAAAAAAAAGAAAAAAAAAUAGCAAAACCUUUGGGUAUUGCUGGGCAGGGACACUUUACUUGAAGACAUUGUGAUAUAAUGAACUGUAAUUUAUCUUUAAUUUUAAAAGAAAAAGAAGAAAGGACAUCUGCAACCAGAAUCCUUGACUGUUUUUUCCCAUAGAAAGGAUUCGAAGGAUGGUCAUAUUUGCACAUUUUACUUUUAAAAGAAAAAAACUUGUUUGCUUUAAAACUUUUAAGAGAAAUUGUUGAGGUUGUAACACUGUCACCAGGGUAAGUGGAGCUGAGAUUGGGAAAUAUUUUCACACUGUUUGCUCCAUGUAGACUUUUUUCAGUUUGAGUUAUUGUAAAAGAUUUCUAAAUAUAUAUAUAUUAUAUUUU